CCCUUCUCCUCAGACCCUCCAAAGACACACGUGACCCACCACCGCACCUCUGACCGUGACGUCACCCUGAGGUGCUGGGCCCUGGGCUUCUACCCUGCGGAGAUCACCCUGACCUGGCAGCGCGAUGGGGAGGACCUGACCCAGGACACGGAGCUCGUGGAGACCAGGCCUGCGGGGGACGGGACCUUCCAGAAGUGGGCAGCUGUGGGGGCGCCUUCUGGAGAGGAGCAGAGAUACACGUGCCAUGUGCAGCACGAGGGGCUGCCCGAGCCCCUGACCCUGAGAUGGGAGCCGCCGCCUCAGGCCGCCAUCCCCGCUGGCAUGGUGGUGGGCAUCAUUGCUGGGCUGGUCCUCCUUGGAGCUGCGGUCACUGUAGCUGUGCUGUGGAGGAGGAAGCGCUCGGAUGGAAAAGGAGGGAACUACGCUCAGGCUGCAGGCGGUGACAGUGCCCAGGGCUCUGAUGUGUCUCUCAGGGCUUCUAAAGCAUGAGACAGCUGCCUUGUGGGGACUGAGUGAUGCGAGAUUUGUUCAUGUCCCCACUUUGUGACACAGGACCCUCUGAGCUCUCUUUCUGCAAAGGGCAUCUGAAUGUGUCUGCGUUCCUCUGGCAUCAUGUGAGGAGCUGGGAGACUGCGCGCCCCCUGCCCUCCACGCCCCCUCCCCACACUGACCGAGUCUCUUCCCUGACCCCCUGUCCUGUUCCAGCAGAGGCUGUUUCCAUCCCCGCCUUUGAU